AUAUAAGUCAGUUUAGUCAUUUUAUUGCUAGUUGCCAUUGCAGUUGUCAAAGGACUUCUAUGUUUUUUUAUACAGUUAUAAUAAUUAUCCUUUUAAAACAGUUUUUAUGAAUAUAAUUCAAUGUGUUCUAUUGAACGUAACAUUUUUAUAAAGUUCCGCUAUAUAUUUUAGUGAAUAAUGUUACAAUGCAAUUAUGUUAAUUGAGUAUUUACCUACAUUAUGGGAUCAAGAAUAAGGGAGAACGUUAGACAUUUCUUUGAAUGUUUUUGCGAAGUUGUACCCCCAACUGGUGAUACUGAUGCAUGGAUUAUACAACAAUUUCCUGAAACAUACAAGGACACAGAAGUAUUAAAAUCCGUACCAAAAUUUGCUUAUCCAUAUAAAUUUGAAAAUGAUGUGAUACAGCACUAUUCAUUUGUACUAACCGAUCAGGAAUCAAAGUGGACUUUUGGAUUUUGUAGACAUGAUCCCAAAUCAGAAACUGCGAUCGUGGUCUUGAGCUCUUUACCAUGGCAUCAAGGAUUUUAUAAAUUUCUAGAUACAACUGCAGUAUUAAUGCAUAGUUCGAGAACAGAAGAUCUCAGGGAAUUCUUAACAGCAGUAUACAAUGCCAAAAUUGCCGAACCUGGACGAAAGUUCAUAGUUCCAUUCAAUAAAGGAGAAAGUACCUUCACUGUAGAUGUACCAAGACCUUUUCAAUUACCGAGUAUACCUGAAAAUAGAAACCUGACAGAAUAUUUUAACGCUGUUGAUACUCAUACAAUGUCCGUAAUUUUUGCAUCCAUGCUAUUCGAAAGGAGGAUAAUAUUUAUUUCGAAAAAAUUAAAACGGUUAAGUGCUUGCGUACAAUCUGCCAAUGAUAUAAUAUAUCCCAUGAUUUGGCAACAUAUAUUUAUUCCAGUGUUGCCAAUGUCGCUAAUAGAUUAUCUAUUAGCGCCCAUGCCUUUUCUAAUCGGAGUGCCUGAAGAAGUAUUUAAGCAAGUUAGACGAAGUGAAAUAGGUGAUGUGGUUAUUCUAGAUACAGAUGCGAAUACAGUAGAAACCCCAUUUGAUGAUCUGAAUAGUCUUCCUACAGAAGUGGUAACAUCUUUAAGAAAACAAUUAAAAAACAAACAAUUAGGCGACGGCGUAUCAAGGGCGUUUUUAAGGGCUUUAGUUCAGUUAAUAGGAGGGUACAGAGAUGCAUUGAAAUUUCAACCUGGUCAAAAGGUAACAUUCGAUGAAGAAAGAUUUAUUGAAACUAGGUCACCAUCUUUACAACCAUUCCUACGGGAAAUGCUGCAACUACAAAUCUUUCAACAGUUUAUAGAAGAACGGUUGACGAUGUUAAACACUGGUCAAGGAUUCUCUGAUGAAUUCGAAUAUGAAAUCGAGGGUUAUUCAGCUAAAUCCGGUUCCAAACUCAAACAACAAUACAAAGAAUGGACUACAACGAUGAAGAAAGAAGGUACAGCAUUUUUCAAAAGUGUAAAAGAUAAGGCGAAUCCUGCAGUGAAAUCCGCAGUUAAAACAGUGAAAGAUGGCGGCAAAGGAGUGAAAAGUGCAUACAAAGGCUUACGGUCAAAAUUAAAAGAUAAUCAAGGACCGCAUCAUUUAGAAAAUGGCAUCGAAAGAGGUGACAAACCUCGUUCUGCACCCAAUUCGCCUACUGGUAAACGAAGUACAAUUCCAGGAUUUAGUGCACCUGUAACCACGUACCGUAAAGAUGCAGCUUUAGCUCUAAAAAAUUCAGCUAUGCAAAGGUCUUAUAGCCCACUUAGUCCUAGUUCCCAACCUUUAUCGCCCGAUGUUAUAGAUAGUCCACGAAGUGGUAGUCCUGUAGAAAUACCUCAAAUUGAUUUAAUGAAUGAAAUGGAAGAUUUAUUGCAAUUACGACUUGAAACGCCACCUGUUGAUAGAUCUCUUAAACCUGUUCGAAGCUUAGAAAAUUUCAAAAAUGCGUCACCCUUGAACAGCCCAGACAGAUGGGCGAUACAUUCACGGGUUAGCGCACCAAUGGCAUCACCUCCUAACCGCUUUUUCCUUCAAAACUUAGGUCACUCCCAAGAAACUCAAAAUCUCCUACAAUCUCCCGAUGACGUAUUCCUUUCUCCCCCUUCAGUACCACCUAGAAAACCUCCUAGAGACACUACCAGAGAACUAUUUAGCAGCACGCCAUUUGUGGUGGGUAGUGGGCACAGUGAAAACGGAGAUCCUUUAUUUUUUGUUGCUAAUCAACAUUCCGUUGACAUUGUAAAGUUAUCACCUCCAACGCAUUCGCCUAGGCGGAAGCAAAACCAAGAGACUGAAGACUUGAUCAGACUGGAUUCUGCAUCAGAUAUCGAUGAUUUUGAUCCUUUAUCAACUAAAUCUACUCCUAAUAAAAGCAAACUUCCGUUAACAAUAUCAAAUCCUCUGUAUACGUACGAGAACAACACUAUUAAACAAAAUGGAGGCAUCUCAAAUUCUACUUUCAAACAACAGCAAGUAACAAAUAGAGAGAUUCAAAACGAUCAAGAUUUACUUCAGGAGUAUGGUUUGAACUUCAAUUUUUCCAGUAUACAGAAUCAAAACAGUUUUGAUUCGUUCGGUACCAGUAGUAAAGUUAACGUGAAGAGUCAGUGGACAAAAUUUGAUUGAAAGUGAUAUUGUCAAAGGGCCUUUAGUUUUAAACGCCUUUUUAUCAAAUUGAAAUCUAUUUUAAACUUUGCUUAUACAGCUUUGUUUAUUUUGGAAAUUGAAAAGGAUGCAAAAACAUAUUUAUUGAUAAAAUAUUCAACUUAUAUAGUUUUAAUAAAAUAAAUUUAAUUGUGAUGCUAUAAAGUUUUUUAAGCACAUUUUUAUUUGCAAUAAUGCUUUCUAUUGAUUUUUGUUUUGUAGUUAUUUAUUUUAACCAUGCUAUGUUAUCCUAAUUAUCAUGCAAUCCGAAAAGUGCUCAUUUACCAUUUAGUACGAAUAGUGUUUUAUGUACUUACUAGUUGCUUUAUAAUUAGUAUUACAUAACUAAUAGUCUAUGAGGAAUGCGGUUGAAGUUCACAUUAAAAACACCUUUUAACAAAUAUAGCAUUAGUCUAUUGGGAACUUCCAGUGCCCCGACGGUUAAAUUUGAAACUUGUACAUGCUAAUACAAAAAAUAAAAAAAACAACGCGGCUUCAAUAAUCAGAUCCAAAAUAUUCAUUUAUAUUUUUCUGAAUUUUGAAUUGAUUUUUUCUCGGACAUUCAAGCCAGGCUUACUGAACACUGUUAACUGCUACUACACCAACACUCAAAAUUACUUCAAAUGACCAAUUCAUGAAUGAAAAGUAGAUGAUCUUUUCAUUGUCGAAUCAAUAAAAUAAAUUAAUGAUUUAAUUCCUUGAAUGAUCAAAAUUGGAAGAGUCCAAAAGAGCACUAAAAAGUGAAAAACAAUGAACUAAGAAUUGAAUCAUGAAUAUCGAUGGGAAAUGCUCUAGUUCACACGUAUUAAAAUUUAUAAAGUUGAAAGGUAUACCGAUUUUACUGAAAUCGGAAUAGAAAUUAAUAAGAGGAGAUGGAUAUAAUUGUGUGAAAAUUUCUAUAUGCUAAUUGUAACCGUCUUAUUUAGAUUCAUAAUAAAGCAAUCAAACAGAUGCAAUUAGGAUAAAACACCACAUUGUGCAAACUUGAGAUUUAUUGUGUUCCAUUUAUCUGAGUUGUUUUUUAUUUUUACAGCUGGUUUUAAGGCUUUAAGGCAAGCCGCAAAUUGGGACAUGUAUAGCACGUGUGAGGUGACGCAGCACAGCACGUAGUUUUGUAAUUUACAAGAUUGAAUACAUUGAAGCAAAUUGACGACGAAGCGUGACCUGAGGUGUCCCGCUUUAGUUCAAACACAGUUUGCUAUGUUACACUUGUGGGUGACUAGGAAGUCUUUCAUUAAUUUUUUACGAAAAAAUGACAGAAAAGUUAUUAGAGGCGGUAAGAGAACAGAGAAUUUUAUGAUACAAAAAAAUGGUGAUUAUAUGAAGACGAAACUGAAGAUUCGGAUUUGGGUUGCAUCAUCCAUUCUGAUUCAGAACUUGAAACAAUUAUUUGGUUUGAUUGUCAAAAAAGACAGACAUGUUUUGAUGCCGCCUAGUCGCGAACUGCCAAUCAAAUCCAAACCCCACCGUUCCCUAUUUAAAAACACGUGUCUCAAUAUGCGGAUCACCAGUCAGCACAUGUAGCAUGUACGAGUUGUAUCACGCUACCUCACACGUGCUAUACGUGUCUCAAUUUUUGCUUUUCCUUGAGGUUAGAUCUUCGUUUCUAUAGGUUUCUUGCCGAAAGUAUAUUUUAUUUAUGGUUGAAAUGGUGCAGCACUAAUUUAACCGGAAUUUCAUCUUCUUCUCCACAAAAUCUUUACUCGCAGUUUCUGCUGGACUUAAUAUCAGGUGUUUACCGAGGUAUACAGCAAGGAAGCUAUAUCUGGCAGUAGCAAAGAUUCAAAAUGGAACUUUUUGGAGUGAUCCAAUCCGGGAAGUGCUUCUCUGUCGGUUUCUUUUUUCUGAAACCCAUUCUGAUGCUAAUGAAGCAUUUAGUAAAUAAUUUCAAAACUCAAAUCAGAUUGAUGGACCUCGAUUUUGGACAUGUUUUUUGAUCAUCUUUAUUUUAGCAUGUUGAUAAAUUGGUUAUUACGGUAUAUGAAACUGUAUCGGAAUAAGCAUUUUGUGAUGAAAUAAUUGAAAUAUUUUAAGUAAAGAUAGAUGUUUUCAAUGAGUAAUUAUAGCCAAUUAUAAACUUCUGUUCGGGUAUGCAUUUUAAACAGACUUUCUUUUCACCAACAGUUUUAUUCGAAAGGAUUGUUUACCCUGUUAAAAUAUUUUAAUAAUUAAAAUAAUUAUAAGGAUGGUUUGAUACCUUGCCGAAAAUUGUGUAAAUAAAUAGGAAUUUAUGUAUUUGAAAUUUUUUUACAAAACCAAGUGUCACGACUUCAGCAUGAGUUUAGUGUAAAAUAUUUAUCACACGAUAUACAAACAAUAGUUUAUUGUGGGCAAUUAUCACUAAUACUGUCAUUGACAACACAUAAUUGUGAUUUUUCAGCUAAUUACUCACUAAACAAUAUUUUUCCUUCCAUGUUAAGUUUUAUUAUUUUUAUUGUAAUGUCUAAAUGUUUAUGGUAACUUUUGUUUGUUCAAAUAAUGAAUUUGAUUUGUUGGUAUAUAAUUUAAUUGAUGCGAGGUUAAGAGCGUUAGGUAAUUUAGAAACUAUUUCUUUAAUCGCAUAGUAGAUACCUCAUGAUCAUUUGAUCUGUAACUGGUACACAGGCUGAACUCACUGCUUACACUACCACUACACCAACACUUACAAUUACAUUGUCUGACGCGCGUUUCGAUAACCAAGUUAUCGUCUUCAGGGACUGAGGGUAAACGGUCUCUGAAGACGAUAACUUGGUUAUAGAAACGUUCAUCAGAUAGUAUAAUUGUAAGUGGUGGUGUAAACAGUGUGUUCAGUAUGAAUAUCGUCAAUGGUUCCAAAAAGUCCAACUUAGUUGGUACAAAUAGACCUAAUAGGCUGUCAAGAGGUACACCUAGUAUCAGUUUACUUAUAAAUGUGAAGAUACGUAUAUUUUCCAGCAGACGUUGUUAUCUCUGCAGAUAUAUUCUAUCAAAUAUUUAUAUAUUCAGGAAUCAUUUUCUUUCUUCCACACUCUCAUUUGUUUUCAUUUACAUUUGUACAGAUAAAGACUUUAUCUGCUAAUUAAAAACAUUAUUGGAUUAUUGAAACUUGUCUCAUGAACAAAAUUAUUUCCUAUUACACUGUUAAUUACUGAACCAAUAGUUUCUUUAUCGUCUUCAGUGAUCGCAGGUAAAUUGUAGGUCUCUGAAGAGCAUAAAUUUUAGUAAUAUUAUACUAAGUGCUGGGGUAGUGAUAUUAAACAGUGUGUUGUGAACACACAGUGUCAGAAAUUCAAACCUAAUAGUCUUUCAUUAUUGAUAGUACCAAUCUUCCAUAAUUUAGAAGCGAAUCUAAGCAAAGUUCAAAUUGAAUUUUGGAAUAAAAAAAUAUAUUUUUAAUUGUUAUUUAUAUACAAAGUUCAUUUAUUUAGUUUGUAAUUUUCAUUUAUUUUUAUCUUUGUUAUAUAUUUUUCCAUUUUUGUGAAAAAAUUGUGAAUAUUUGGAGUAUAGUAUCCAAAAGUUAAGAAACAUUACAUUAUACAUAUUAAUGUAAUCCAUAUAAAUUGGCAUGAUACUGUUAUAAUUAAUUAGAAGUUUAUAAAACGAGAAUAAAACAUGUAUUUAUUGGUUUUAAACUCAUAGAGAUAAAGCGGCAUAUAACUGGAAUUGUACUAUUGGAAGAGAGAGAAAGAGCAUCAGUUUAUCACACUCCGUAUCUCUUUCUACAAACCAUUAAAAUCGAAACUUUCUAUUAUCUUCCUUUGCUAUUUCCCCCACUUGAAAUUCUGAUGUCAUGGCGAUUCAAUCAGAAUAGAACAGAGAUGAAUGGAGAAUUGAAUAUUGAUGCUCUUUCUCUCUCAGUACGUCGUGCCCAUCUAAACAAGUUCUCUCUCUUUAUUUUCAAUAUUAACUCUAUGUUUAAAAUACUUUAAGUCUUAAAAAGGCAUCUAAGACAUGAUAUAAAUAAAAGACGUUUCAUAUUAGAAAAAGCUUUAUUUUUCAAAUAUGAGGAGUGUUCAGAAAAUAAGAAAAAUUUUUUGAAAGCUGGAGAUUCAAAUUUUUUCAUAUUGGUCAUCAAGUAUAAUAAAAAUUGAUUUUUCUCUUUUUUUAUAAGCUGGGUGAUUUUUAUUUGUUAUAAGCAUUGGAUAAAAUAGUUUGUAUUAAAUUUUUCGUACAAAUUCUAUGAAAUACUAACAUGAUUGAAAGAAGUUUAGAAUUGUAUAAGGGUUUUAAAGAUCACUAUGCAGGCGCUAAAGAUGACGAACGUUAUAGCAUUUCCACAAUCGAUUAAAAAGUGAAACAGUUUAGAACUAGAUAUUAAUGAUGUCACAACCUCCAUAUUCGCUAGACGUGGCUCCGUUUAACUUUGUCUUAAAUACAAAAAUAAAGGGAACCGUCGUUUUACGAACAUAGACAAAAUUAAAAACCUAAGGUUGAAAAAGCUGGAGGUCCAGAAUUCGAAGAAGUACACAAGGGCAUAAUAUUGAAGGAGACAACAUUGAUGUAGGCGAAUCAAGAUUUUUUGAAAAAAACUAAUAUUCUCUUUAUUUUCUUAACACACCUUUUAUACUUGAUAAAUUGGUCAUUAUGUCGCUUACAUAGACAUGGAAUUCUAUUUGCUAUACAAAAAUUUAUACUUUCUUAUUAAAUAUUUUUAUUCAUUGUAAAAAAUUGCAAAUCCAAAUUUGAGAAAAACUGACAAAACAAUAACUGUAAAAAAACUGAAAGGUACAUUAAAUUCCGCAUGAGUAUUGAAAGCAGCUGUACCAACUGAGAAUUUUAACCUUCAAGUUGGCUUUUAAAUGACCAAUUCUCUUUAAUACAUGCGCCAUGUAAGAACGAUUUGCCUCUUUAAGAGGUAACGCCACUGUAAAAACUUCAAAAAGUCAAUAUCUUUUUUUAGCUGAAAUGGGAGGGAAUUAUGUUAAAAAUGGCGUCCUCAAAUUAGUUAUUACCAUCAGACUCUAGGUAUCCCACUUCUCCGAAAUGCUCACCUGCCUCCGAUAACCUUUAGCGACUGUUACUACUAGUAAAUAGUACACACGGCUACCUAUGGGUGGCACUGGUAAGAUUAUGAACUGUCUUUGUGUUAGUGUAACGUCAAUUUGACUGUUACAUCACGCUUAUCGUCCCGUUUUCAAGUUGUAAACUCGAAAUCACUUUUUUUCAAUACCACCUCUACAAUUUUUCAUCCAAUUUUUAUCCGAUUGAUUUAAAACUUUGUCAGAAACUUUAUAACAUCAUUUUUAAGGGAACAACGUAAAUUUUGUUAAUAAAUUGACAAAUUUUUGUUUUACAGCCGAUUUUUCAUGAUUUUUUUCGAACUUCCGCCAUUUUGUUAAAAUUUAAUAUUUUUUGAAACCUCACGUGCUUUUCUUGCUUUUAGUUCUAACAUCAAGAAAAAACUUGAUUUUUAUGUUUCAGAUCAAUAAUUACGACGAAAAGUAGGUGAAUGUCGAGCCCUCAGAAAAAUUCUCUUAUGCAUGUAACUUUUUACUAACGCCAUUUUGUUUUUGAACGCUCUGUAAAAAUUAAUUUAAUUAUUUCAAGAUAUAUAUAAUAAAGUCAUUAAUUAGAUUUUGCAUCUGCUAUAAAGUUUUUUUGAAAACAAAAUUCCAAAACUGAUCUUAAAAAACCGGGCUCUACAGUGGUGUUACCCCUUAAUUAACGAUACAAUGUAAUAUGUUUAUUAAUUUGUUAAAGUUUUUAAUUUGGCAGAGAAUUUGUUCAAUUUACUAAACUGUACAGUAUAUGUCUAUUAAUAUAAUUUUCUGCUAAUUUAAAUCUUAUUAAAUUUGAAUGAAGUGUAUAUGUAUAUUAUGAUGCUAUGUAAAGAUUUUAUUUUUAAUCAUUAAAAGUAUAAAUAACUAUGUACUAUAUCAUAAAAAACAGUCUAUUUAAUUCAAAUCUUGAGUUAAUUUUGAGGCAUCCAUUAUACGAGUAUUUGAUAUGACCCUACGUAUUUAUAAAAAUAGAUUCUUAAUAUUUUAGUAGAAUUCAAUUUAUAUAUAAAAUGAAAAACACUGUUGUAAUUAAUUUUAAAAAUAUUAGAAUUAGCUGUGAUAUACUCAUAAAUUUUAAUUUUAUCUAUUUUAUUAAAAACUGACCGUGUGCUAACCCCAGACAUUCGAUUGUCUAAUUAGAUAGAGUCCUAUAUCAGAUUACUCAUAUCGUACUAGAUACAAGAAUGUUGUAAAUUUUUCACACGAUCAGUAUACAAUGGUUUUGUUAAUUUGCACAGUAAUGUAUUAUCAAUUAUAUUAAAUUUAUAAAUUUGUUUA